UUGCCCCACAGAGUUUGCAAGGAGCUCUUGUGGAUUUGAACUGCCCACUUUUGGGUUAGUGGCUGUAGCUCUUAUCCACUAUGCCACCAGGGUUUUCACCAUGGGUAUAGGGGUGAGAAUUCCAACACAUAUUUUUGGGAAACACAAUUCAAUCCAUAGCAGGAAUCUAUGCUAAAAGGGAAGAGGGAAAAGCUACAGAGUUAUGAAGAUUUUGUUGGGGACUAGAUGAAUAUCGACUGAACUCAUUUAAAGGAUACUGAAUUGCUUAGCCAGCAAGAGUGUCACUACAGUAAACACUGUCAUGCGAUUAUUUUUCAGAUUCCCAGAGAAUCAGAAAAGAUGUCUUACUAUCAGCAGCAGUGCAAACAGCCCUGCUUGCCACCUCUUGUGGUGUGCCCACCUAAGUGCCCUGAGCCUUGCCCACCUGUGUGUUGCCCUCCUCCACCAUGCCCACCUGUGUGUUGUCCUCCUCCGCCAUGCCCACCUGUGUGUUGCCCUCCUCCACCAUGCCAGCAGAAAUGCCCUCCUGUGCUGCCACCCCAACCCUGCCAGCAGAAGUGUGUACCCAAAAUCAAGUAACAACAC